AUGACGAAUAGAAAACGUACUAAAAGAUACCCACGUAAUUUUCUGAGAGAAACACAGAAAGGAGAAGAUGGAUACCCACUUUAUCGUCGGAGACAGCCAGAAGACGGGGAAUUUACUGCAAACAUCAAUGUUCGAAGUGUCCACCUUGAGAAUGGACAACGAGCAUAUUUCACUUCUGCUAAUGCAAUUGAACUGGCUCAGGCUCCUCAAGAAACAGCUUUGACCUCUUUCUUCCGCAUUUGUAUUGAAGAUGAGUUUGCACGUACAUUACUGUAUCAUCAAGUGCCAAAAUACUAUACAUGGGACAAUGUAAACAAGAAAUGGAACAGGCGUAAAAUUGGAAACAAUGUACCUGAUCAUCCUGGAAUCAAUUCAAACCUCAAGUCAUUUCAAGAAUUGGGAACAGUGGAAGGAAGACUAUGCAAAACUUAUAAAGAAGCUUGCCAAGUUAGAGGACUUUUGGAAAAUGAUGAACACUGGAAUGCAACAUUGGAAGAAGCUACUGUGGCUUGA